AUUUAACACGAGUCAGGACAACAUGAACCCCGGUAUUUUGCGUAGUAUCGCGAGAGGAGAGCAAACCCCCUCCCCUCUCCUCCCCUCAACGCUGUGCGUCGGGGUGUUCGCCUGAUGUCAUUUGGGCAGAAAGGGAGGCUGAGCUAACGGUGGUCACACUGGUGGGAAGCAAAACAAUAACGUUACCGCUUCACCGUCUACACCGGGACGUCUCUGUGGGAUUUAAAUACGUAGUCUUAACCCCCACCUUUCUCCCCCCCCCUCCGGGGUCCGAAGAAAAAUAAGAAGAGGGGGACGAUGCGAAGCUAACGGACCUAAAGUACCAGAUGCUAUUCCAGCGGAGAAGGAGAACGGGCUCCAGUAAGCAAGAGCGGGUGAUGGGUUCUCGCUCCCCGGACGGCUAACGCGAGACGUUUCAUCCAGGAACAGCGAAGAGGGAACCCGCUCGGCUUCCUCUCCGACCUCCGUGUGCGUGACGUUGCUGCGGGAAAUGCUAGCGCAGCCGCUGGGCCGCAGCUCGGCGCCGCGAGCGCCCGACUCCGGGAGCUGAGCUUAGCUAGCUGCCCGCUAGCCGCGUCUGUGCCCGAUGCUGCUGCCGCUGCUAAACGGAUCCGAAGGGCGACACCAGCGGGGUUCAGGGCCCCGGUGCUGAGCGAGCUAUCGAUUCCUCCUUCCUGGACCGGAGCGAAGGCGUUUGAGAUGUGACGCUCGUGCGCGUCGUAUUUGUCGUAUUUUAUUUUACGUUUUUUUUUUUUUUUUGGUUGCUGGAUGCUCGCACUUGCUUGAGGUAAAAGGAGCUAACGUUGCUGCAGGAUGCCCAGCAGAACCACAACAGCGGGCUGUUCCUGUUGAAGGGGGCGAGGUUAGACUGAUAGCAGCCCCCCUCCCCGCCCCCCCCCCCCCCCCCCACACACACACACACUCACUCACACCCCUGCGUCUUUCCACGCUCGGGGGGUCCCUUUUGGACAACGACACUUUCCCACGUCGGUCACCGCUUCCUCAGCCGGCGAUAUGGAUAAACUGACGAUCAUUUCAGGGUGCCUGUUUCUGGCUGCAGAUAUCUUUGCGAUAGCCAGCAUUGCAAACCCAGACUGGAUCAACACGGGCGAAUCGGCAGGUGCCCUCACGGUCGGACUGGUCCGGCAGUGUCAGACCAUCCACGGACGAGACCGGACCUGCAUUCCACCUCGGCUGCCCCCAGAGUGGGUCACCACACUUUUCUUCAUCAUCAUGGGCAUCAUCUCCCUCACUGUCACCUGUGGACUACUCGUGGCGUCGCACUGGCGCAGAGAAGCCACCAAAUACGCUCGCUGGAUCGCCUUCACCGGCAUGAUCCUGUUCUGCAUGGCGGCGCUCAUCUUCCCCAUAGGCUUCUAUAUCAACGAGGUGGGAGGCCAGCCGUACAAGCUGCCCAACAACACGGUGGUGGGCUCCUCCUACGUCCUCUUCGUGCUCUCCAUCUUCUUCACCAUAGUGGGACUUCUGUUCGCGGGCAAAGUCUGCCUCCCGGGCUGAGGGCCCGACCCCCGCCCGCCUCCGGGCCGACGCGAAAGGGCCCAAGUUUGAGGACUUUCAACAACAACAACAACAAAAGAAAAAACACACAACAAUGGCUGAAAAUCAAAAUCAACAAACUGCAGGCUGGGAAGCCUGAAACGGGAGGAGUCUUUGAUCUUGUGUGAUAAAAAUAAAUGAACUAAACACUUAAAGAGAGACGUGGACUGCAAGGAGGACGGAGGUGAACCUUCCAGCGUCGUAUUCCAUAUAUGGCCGACUCUGUUGUUUUUCGGAAACGGGUGCUUUAACGUGCUGCUGUCAUGGCAACUGCCCGGCGCACAUUGCUUGAGGACGUCUCUUCAGAGCUGGCACCCGGCCGCACCGCCCUCAGCACCCAUCGGCGCCGUCGCCACUGCUCUUGUUGCUAUUUUUGGCUUCUAUCAGCAAUUUCAGUCGUGUGUGUUUUGUUCUACUUCUUUUUGUUGUUGUAGAUUUUGUGUUCUUUUAUUUGUUUGGUUCCCUUCCUAUCCCUCGCUGCCUCUUUCACUGAAGCGAGAGUACCUGGUUGUUUUUCUGCCAGCUCGGCUUUUAGAGAAGGAUUUCCUCUGGCUGGUCACUUUGCGCAGUCUCCCCCCCCCUCCCCCCCCCCCCCCUCCCCCCAGCUGUGUGGCUUGGGUGUGAGCAGCUAUGAGCACAGCUGUCAUCGGGCCCGCUCACGUGGCGCCGAGGACGAGAGGAAGGUUGCAGGUGUGGCCGCCUCUUGGUGUCCGUCCGGCUGCAGCUAAGCAACAGGCAGCAGAACAGGAGGUUGGGUACCAUGAAGGAGAAUGCCACUCAAUGUAAGGCCGCGCAUAUAUGUCCUUUCUAUGGACCGCAACGGAGUUCUCGGGAGGAUUAUUUUGCUAAGCUAGACGCAUAACGCUGAUACACAUCUUUUGCCAAGAAACUAGGAGACUGUGAAUCUAUUAACAAUCAUCCGAACAUAAAUACACUUUAUUUGUGGUGAUAUUCCUGCUAUGUGCAGCCACAAACCCAGUGGCUUUUUGAAAGGUGUUAACAUUUCUGAGGGGUCGAGAUAGAUCCGUAGCAGCGAUUCUAGCAGACAGUAUUGAGAUUUUAUGAAUGGAAACUGAAAAUGGGUGGUAUUCUCCUUUUUAAUGUUGAAACGAGGCAGGCGCUUUUUCCCUGCCUUUCCUUUUAUUUUGGUCUUUGUUUUAGUGCAACAGUGGCAGCGGAGGGACUGCAGGUCAGGUCCGUGCACGGGGCUGAGCCUCAGUGUGCUGCGCUUGUUAAUGAUGAACACACACACACACACUUAAAGCCACCACACCGUCCGUCUUCACCGCGUAGAUUCACAUAGUGGGGUUGCAACUAGCAAUUAUUUUCCUUUCAAGGUUUUAACUUUGAAAACACACUGCAUUAAAGUGCAGAUCAGGGUGACCCUCCAAAGUAGCACGUGACUCGUAUUCAGUCUGCGCCAUCAAGAUAGUUAUUAAGGUUAUUUCUGGUCUAGGGCUCAUGCUAAGCUUUGAAACUUCAAGUCGCAUAAUUCAAGGCUUUAAAGGUGUAAACAGGGCGUAUGAUAUUGCCAUGGAGACAGUGGGUUAUGCUUUGUAACACCGCCAGAGCCUAGUUUUUUCUCUCUUUUUUUUCCCAAUUAAUCCAACGUGUGAAAAAUUGGCACCGAUAGUCAUGUCAAGAUUUGAUUUUCUUUUUUUUUUUGUAAAAUCCCCAGAGAUACAGAAAACCAUUACUGGAUUUUAUUGAUACUGAAGAACCUAAAACAUGGACACCUUUUUACGUUUUUUAAUUGUAUUUUUUUUAGAGAUUAAGCAGAAUUAUGGAUGUUUACUGACAAACAUCCGUGGUGGUUCUUAAAGUCUACAAAAAGCGCAAAAUUCUGUACACAUUCACCUCAUUUUUCAUUUUCACAAUUAUUCCAAAUACUAUCAGAAAAUCCCUUUCAUUGCUAGAACGAGUUAAUUCUGCAGUUGAUCUUAACGGUGAUCGUGUGUGUGUGUGUGUGCGCGCGUGUGCGUGCGUGCGUGUGUGUGUCGGAUCAAUGGCAAAGCUCUGUUGCCAAAUCUUAAGUUGUGUUUUUUUUUUUUUUUUUUUUUUCCUGCUCCGCUUUUCUUCCUCUAGGUCCGAUGGAUAACGCUGACUCAACGCUCUGCAGUGCUCUCCCUGUGUUGGCUCAGUAUUGUGCCAUGACCUGUUUUUGUUUAAUAAUGUACAGACGCACACACACACAAAAGGCAGGCUGUAUUAGGAAGCACUGUGCAUUCAGCAGUAUAGGUAACAGAAAUAGAAGCACCACAAAUGUAUAAAAAAGAGAACUUCUUACCUCAUCGUUUUUGUUUCUGCUAUUAUUUUCUAAUGUUGGCAACGUGUGCCCUCUAAUUUGUCUCUUGCCUUGAUCGGAUGUCUUCACAUAAAGCCUAUGAUUAUAGGAAAUUAUUUAUCACUGAAUAAAAAUAGAAAAAAAUAUGUGUGUGUGUGUGACUUGAGUCUUUAUGAUUGAAGCUUGAAUCUAAUGAGUAGAUGAGAUGAUAUGCAGACUAUUGACCUCUAAAUCCAAAUGCUACUUUAGAAGCCUGUGACUCAAACGUCCGUCUCCUUAAUUCAUUAAAUCCGAGAAAACACAAACGCUUCAAGGGCAGCUACCCAGGAUGCAUCAGUGGAAGGGCUAUGAUUGUUUCCUGAGUGCAUCUGUUUAAAGCGGUUUAGUGUCCUUGAAAUCUAUUUUUAGAAUAAUAGCG